AAAACUGUUGGGAAGCCUUUGAAGUAUCUGUUCGACGUGGAACGGAUUUUGGCGGCUAUGACAAAUGUAGACAGGGAUCCAAGCGAGGCCUGGAGAGAAGUCAAUGGUUUUUGGGGGAAAGUUAUGUGUGAACUUGGAAUGAAGAACAAGCGCCUUGUUCGGAAAAACUACUAUCAGCAAUGGUGUGAAGACAGAAAAGGUUUGAGAAGUCAAUAUACGAACACUAUGUAUAUGAUGGAACGGAAUGCAACGCCUGAAGUGAUGGCCAUGGACAUAAGUAAUCUUUUAAGGCUAAGGAAGGCUAAGCAUUAG